AUGAAGGAUGUUUUGGGAGAAAAUGCUCCUUCAUAUGCGACCAUAAAAAAUUGGGUGGCUGAAUUUAAACGUGGCCAUACCAGCACCCAAGAUGAACAUCUUCCAGGACGACCAAAAAGUGCCACUACUCCAGAAAUUAGCAAUACAACUGAUUUUCUGCGACGGUUUGUUACUACAGACGAGACUUGGGUUCACCACUAUAUACCUGAAUCAAAAAUUCAGUCUAAACAAUGGACGGAAAAAGGAUCCCCGGCUCCAAAGAAAGCAAAGGCUGUGAAAUCAGUGGGGAAAGUCAUGGCGUCAGUAUUUUGGAAUUCGAAGGGUAUAUUGAUGAUUGAUUACCUUCCAAAAGGACAAAACAUAAAUGGCGAAUAUUAUGCUGAUCUACUGGAUAAAUUACAAGUGUGUAUUCCUCAAAAAUUUUUAGGUGGACAAAGAUUUGAAAAUAAUAGUGAGGUGAUGUCUGCCGUGGACAGUUAUUUUGAAGGGCUUGAAGAAAACCACUUCAGGGAUGGCAUCAAGGCUUUAGAGCAUAGAUGGAUGAAGUGCAUAGCGCUUCAAGAGCUGAAGGACCCGGUACGCAACUUGCCGCGUGCCAUCGCCAUCUCCUGCACUCUCGUCACCGUCGUGUACACCUUCACUAAUAUAGCCUUCUACACUACACUCUCACCUACAGAGGUGUUGGGCUCGGCAGCAGUGGCGGUGACGUUUGCGGAGCGUUUGUUCGGUUGGUUCGCGCUCUCCAUCCCCUUGUUCGUGGCGGCCUCCACCUUCGGUGCUGUCAACGGAGUGCUGCUUACUUCCUCACGCGAGCGAGAUACCGCUAUUGCUCUGUAUAGCGCUGUUCCGCUCGCUGAACGGAUUAAACAUUACUAUAACGCCGUUAGUACACCGAAGCAAUCGCAAGCAAUGUAUAGCGUUGUUCUACGCGGGCGCGGCGCAGGGGCAGAUGCCGGAGAUGCUGACGAUGGUGUCGCCGCGCGCCACGCCCGCGCCCGCGGUGCUGGCCGUGGCGCUGCUGUCGCUGCUCUACCUCACCGUCUCCGACAUCUACGCGCUCAUCAACUACGUCGGAUUCGCCACAUGGGUAGCCUUCUUUUGAGCAUCGGCGCCGCGGUGUUAUGCUUACCAGUAUUAAGAUAUACACAACCCAAUUUAGAGAGACCGAUUAAAGUCAACUUAUUUUUCCCUGAUGAAAAAAAAUGUGAACCGAGUUCGUCCCUCGAUAUCAAAGCCCCACCCGCCCGCCAGCCGCCAGGCGGCUUCAUUAUUCUGUCGAUAUUUUCCGGCCGAUCAGUCGCCGUCGACCUUUUGCGCUGGAGUGCUGUUGCGCAUCGCCGCCGACGCCCCGCUGCGAAGCGUCUUUUUUAUCGAUUUUUCACAAGAGUGUUCGUCUUGAGUGUUAAGAUUAGUUUAGUGAAGAUUGUGUUUAGUUUUGUGUGA